AUGAGUGCAGCUGUGGUGAUGAUGUGCCUGACAGUGUGGACGAGUGUUGCUGCCUCCGGCGCUCAGGAAGUGGCCGAGGGUUUUUCCCCCUUGCAGGCCACCGGUUACGCGGAUGCCAUCGGGAAGGCCAUCCUCUUCUUCGAAGGACAGCGCUCGGGGAAGUUGCCGUCCGGACAGCGGGUUACCUGGAGGGGCGACUCCGCCCUCUCCGACGGCCGCCUUGAAAACGUAUCCUCAGCCCCCAUGCAAUCCCUUUCCGUUCCAUGCAAUCUGCCGACGUCUAAGUUUUCAUAUCGCGCCGUUCUCACAAAAUAACGUAACUACCUUUUUUAGACAAAUAACAAAGUUUUUGCAAUCUCAUAAUCCUUUCAGUGAUGGGUAACCGAAAAAUCCGCCUUUUCCCCAAAUCGAGUCAGAAAAUAAAAGUUUGGUCUGGUCCAGUCCACUGGUAACCCUAGCAAUUUAAUCAGUCCGAUCUUCCUCUUAUUACCAGCAUGGGAGACUAUAAAGAUUAUUCCUUCUUUAAGAUGUGUAUUAUGCUCAUGGUAACGGAGUUAAGCGUGACUCUUCUUGUCCAGUGUAUGUUAACAAACGAAAUCAGUGAGAAGAGAUGGCCUAUAGGAACUCGUAUGAUUUUAGAAAGCUUACUCGUUGAAACCAUAGAUAGAUAGCGAGAGAGAGAGAGAGAGAGAUGCAGAGGAGAAAGCAGUGUGAUAAAUUACGUGAGAUGGCGUGCGCAGGUGAACUUGGUCGGCGGCUACUACGACGCCGGCGACAACGUCAAGUUCGUGUGGCCGAUGUCUUUCAGCGUCACCUUGCUAAGCAUGGCGCUUGUGGAGUACGGAUCUCAGGUUGCCGCCGCCAGCCAGCUUGGCAACCUCCGGACGGCGAUCCGGUGGGGGACGGACUUCAUUCUACGCGCCCACACAUCUCCGACAACAUUCUACACUCAGGUCGACCACCCUCUCUCCCUCUCUCUCUCUCUCUCGCUCUCGCUGUGAAAUGAAACUGACGGGGAUGGAGGGUGUCUUCAUGGCGUAGGUGGGAGAUGGGAAUUCGGACCAUCAGUGCUGGGAGCGUCCGGAAGACAUGGACACCCCUCGAACACUUUCCAAGAUCACGCCCAGCUCUCCCGGUACGGAGGCCGCCGCCGACGCCGCCGCAGCGCUUGCUUCUGCCUACAUCGUCUUCAGAGGUGUCGAUGCCAACUACUCUGCCAACCUCCUCGCCAAAUCUCGUACGGUGAGUCGGCCCGGACGCCUCGACGGCACUCUCCUUGCUGUAUUUCUCUCUGGUUCUUCAUCUUCUUCCGGUGCUUGAACCGCGAUAACUCUUCUCCUCCACAGCUCUUCGACUUCGCCGACAAGUACAGAGGAUCCUAUCAGAAGUCCUGCCCAUUCUACUGCUCCUACUCCGGUUUUCAGGUUAGUUAUCUGAUGCAGAUCCCCGUCUCUCUCUCUCUCUCUCUCGCUCUCUAUCUAUCUAUCUCUAUCUCUGUUCUAAAUAUACGUAUAUACCCAUAAAAAUCCCUCUCUCUAUCAAACUAUCUGUCUGUCGAUGUGUCCAUCUAUCAAUCAACCUGUGUUCGUAUCUACAUAUCUCGGUUCGGAGUGAACAUAGGAACUUGAGUAGACGUGGAUAUAACGUGGGGAGUUUCUUCGGGACUGAAGGACGAGCUACUGUGGGCGGCGGCUUGGCUGUACAAAGCGACCAAGGAGUCCAGGUUCCUGAGAUUCCUCACAGACAACCAGGGUUGGAGCACACGCAUGAACGAGUUCAGCUGGGACAACAAGUACGCUGGCGCCCAGGUCUUGCUCGCGAAGGUACUCUCUCUGUGUGUCUCUCUCUCCCCUGCCUCCCUCCCUCCCUCUCUCUCUCUCUCCUCUCUCUCUCCCUCUGUCUGUCUGUCUGUCUGUCUGUCUGUCUGUCUCCCUCUCUUUCUCCCUCCCUCCCUCCCUCCCUCCCUCCCUGUCUGUCUGUCUGUCUCUCGUUCUAUCUCACUCUCUCUCUCUCCCCCCCUCCCUCCCUCCCUCCCUCCCUCCUCUCUCUCUCUCUCCCUCUCUCUCUCUCUCCUCUCUCUCUCCCUCUGUCUGUCUGUCUGUCUCUCUCUCUCUCUCCCUCUCUUUCUCCCUCCCUCCCUCCCUCCCUCCCUCCCUGUCUGUCUGUCUGUCUCUCGUUCUAUCUCACUCUCUCUCUCUCCCCCCUCCCUUUCUCUCUCAUCCGUGAUUUGUUCUUGUUAUAGGAGUACGUCGGCGGGGCUACCGGCCUGGCCAGGUACAAGAGCGAUGCAGACUCAUUCGUGUGCUCGUUGAUGCCAAGAAGCAGCAGCCGACAGAUCAGAACGACUCCAGGCACGGCCACUCCGCCCCAUUAUUAUCGUCGGAAUUAAUUAGUACAGUUGAAGAUUUUCAUCGUGCGCAAACAGAUUAUUUCUGGGAAGAAAGUGAUCGAGGAUUUCUCCUUAUAAGACAGAUGAAUUUAUUUUUUACUGCAAUUAUGAAUUAUGUUUUAUUCGUAAAGAUAUUCCUUCAGCUCUGAAAUUAGACGAAAUCACUCGGAUAAAUCCUGAAAUGCAUACAAGCUUUUAUAACGGAGAACUAAUUGGAUCUUCCUGUUGCAUCGACAUUCCCGCAGGGGGUCUUCUGUUCACGCGAGAUAACUACAACAUCCAGUACGUCGCCGGUGCGACCUUCCUGCUGUCUCUCCACGCCCGGACCACCUCCUCUGCCGGUGGCGUCCGCUGCGGCUCGACGGCAAUAACCGCCUCGGAGAUCAGCUCCUUCGCCAAAUCUCAGGCGGGCUCCCUGUUACUGUGCCUUCUUUUUCAUCAUCUUCUUCGUCUUCUUCUUCAUCGUAAUCUUCUUUUUGACGGAGCAGGUGGACUACAUCCUAGGGAAGAAUCCGCUGGGGAUCUCCUACAUGGCCGGAUACGGCCAGAGGUACCCGACGCAGGUACACCAUCGCGGCGCCUCCAUCCUCUCCAUCAAGGUCCUCCCCAGCAAGGUCAGCUGUGGCGAGGGCUUCUCCACCUGGUUCAACGCCCCUCGCCCCAACCCUAACGUCCACGUCGGCGCCAUCGUCGGAGGUCCCGACUCCAACGACCGCUUCCAGGACAUCCGGUCAGACUAUUCUCACCUCGAGCCCACCACCUACAUCAACGCCGCUUUCGUCGGCGCUGUGGCUGCUUUCGUUGGCAGCUCCACCAUGCUUGAACACGGAUACCCCGGCGUACCGUCCACAACCUCCGAACUCCAGGAUAUCUGCUCCGCGUAA